AUGCUACAAAAGCUCACCCUGAACCCUCAACCCCAAACCCUAAACCUCAUUGAUCAUUUAAGUUUGGACUUCUCCGUGCUGCGUACGCUGCGGAUCCCCUUUGCCUCCUUCGCUUGGCGACUUCUGCACGACGUGCCGCUUCCCUGGGUGACCAUGAUGGCCAGCAGGCCAGCUGUGCGGGAGGGCAUGACUUCUUCACGCGCGGCGUCCUGCGACUCUGAGUCGAAGACGCUGACUGCCGACCUCCUGUACGAGAACAACCUACAAGGAUUGCAGCACUUGUCCUCCAGGGCCGGCCUGGUCGUAACACCAGGCGGCUUUGUAACCUCCUCGGGCUGCACAGUGAGAAGCCGCGUGGGUCCUGGCAUGCGAGAGCUA